AUGCCUUCCCAUCAGAAGAUUCUGCUUUUCCUGUCCAGUGCGCUCGCUACUGCCAUUUCUGUUGUGGUGUUGGGGAUCUGCAUGUCAAGAACGUGGGUUGAGACGACCAUGGACUGCACAAGAAAUGGAACUAACUUCUCCAAUGGAUCUGCUGUGGUCAAUUUCAGUCUUUUUGAUGGGUUUAUGACCAGAACCUUGUGCCCCUUGUUUGGCGGUCAGGACCAGUUUGAAGUGUUUGAUCAGUUGGCAGAAAUAGGAGGAACCCCUUUGGUGCUGCACGGUUUGGUCGUGUGCCUGUUGGUCCUGUGUCUACUGUGCUCCGCGUGCAGCAUCCUCAUCUCCAUCUACAACAGUGUCAGCAACCCUUAUGAGACCUACAUGGGGCCGAUUGGCAUCUACGUCUGCAGCUCGCUCAGCGCAUGUUUGUCUGUUGUGGUCCUCAUAAUAUUUGCGGUGAACGUCAACAGCUUAGCAGAGGAUUUGGUACAGAGCUACGCCGGCAGUAUUGUAGCAGAAGUGAAGAACAAGACUUCGGCGUUCUAUCUCGGAUACUUCCUGGUCCUCCUUUACACGGGGCUAUCUCUCAUCGCCGUUUUGUUGAUCUACAUUUAUGAACACGCAGCCUACACUCAUAGGCGGGAACAGCAGAGGCCUACAGAGGACGCACCCAAGGAGAUAAUGAUGUAUUAGUGACCUGCAAAUGAUAAAUCGCUCACCAUAACAUCCUCGAAUAACUUAUUGUAAUGGAGAAUUACAGACAGAAAUCUGCAUAAACCCAAAAACAUUUUGAA